GCUUUCGAUGAGCGGGCCCAUUUAGGUCUAUCGGGUCAGACGUAGAAUCCAAGUCAUUUUUAAUCCGAUUCUAGCUCAGCCCAUUAGCAGGCUACUUCUAUCUAACCCGGGGUUAGGCCUAGGGUUUUCUGAUCCUGAAAUCUACACCAACACCACCAACAGGCAUCGUCUCUCGCCAUGGCAUCGAAGCUCCUGCGGAUGGCCCGUGACGCAUCCCGAGCUCGCACCGCUGCGGCAGCCGCAUCUCGCGCCGCCGCGAUGUCCUCCCGCUCAGCGUGUGGCCGUGAGGAAUCCCCCCCAUCUCGCACCGACGCGGCAGCCACAUCUCGCGCCCCUACGGCAGCCUCCCGCUCAGCGCGUGAGGCCGCCGCUUCAGGCGUCAUAGCUCCCCGCCCAACUCGCACGAAGCCCCGCGACCAUGCUCCCCUCUCUCCCCCCUUGGAGAACUCACGCACCGAUUACGAGCUCUUCUUGAUAGACGAUGUUGAUACCCCGACGGAGAAGGACCUCGAGUCGGAGGAAUCCCAAUGGGCCUAUUAUCAGCGCUGGUGCGAGGCUCAUGACAAGAAGCAUGACCAUGACGAGAUGGCUCGCCGGUUUGAUGCUUUCCGAAGUCGGGCACGGUCGGUGCACCAAUGGAACGUUGGUCUUCCUUUAGAUCCAGUUAAAGCAGCCAUUGCCAAAAAGAAAAAAGAAAAGGUCAGGUUACUUCUGUCAAAAGGCAAAAGCAUCUCAAAGUUCGAUGAAUGCCUUGUGCCAAUGGAAUUAGGUCCAUUUGCCGAUGAGCCCUUCAGUGAUGUUGAAGAUGUUACAGCAGAGUAGUAGUUAUGCUUUGCAAAGAUGUUCCAUGUGUACUAAGUUAUCCUUCCCCUGUGGGCUAAGUUAUGCUUCCAAGUGUACUAAAUUAUGGCUCUGUAACAUCUUUUUCUCUAAGCGGCCCAUAUGCUUCCGCCUGUGCAAAGUGUCUAUUUUAGUCUAUUGCGUUCUACAGGAACAAGAGUUCAAACAGAUCAAGAGCAAAUAUGGAGAUUGUAAUAUAUGCA